AUGAACUCUGAAAAAGUCUACAAAGUGGAGACAUCUGACAAACAAGUGUUCGAAAUGAACUCGGAAGAUAUCAGUCAAUCAAUAACACUCAGUGAACAAGUCGAUGAUUUGGAAGAUCGUCAUCCGCAUCUUCUUCUCCAACCAAUUCAAAUUCCGAAUGUCAACGGAGAAAUAAUGCAAUUGGUUGUCAAAUGGUGUUACUUUUCUCGUGUUGACUGCCCGAACACUUCAAGAUGGUGCGCCGAUUUUCUGAAAAUUCUAACAAAGAACGAAUUGAAUGGAUUCAUUUCGGCAGCUGAUGAAUUGAUAAUUCCAAGUAUUAUCCACGAGACAAAAUACGAAAUGAUGAGAAGAGUGGAGUCAAUGACACCUGGAUUGAUCCAAUCGUGUUUGGAAAUCCCCGGGACAAGUGGAUCGAACGGAGGACCAAACAAACCGAAGAUCGUGGUCAAGUACAGAAGAAAAUAA